AUGGCGACUUGGGAGGAGUAUUUGGCCACUCAACAAGCCAACGAUGGCGUCCAAUUCACUUGGAACAUGUGGCCACACAGUCGCGUUGAUGCGCAACGGCUCGUGGUCCCGCUCACCUGCUUUUUUACUCCAUUGAAGGAGCGACCAACAACCGAAGUUGCUCAACCACCACUCGAAUAUGACCCAGUUUUGUGUCAAAAAGCGAGCUGCAAAGCCAUUUUGAAUCCAUUAUGCGCCGUUGACUAUCGCGCCAAGCUUUGGAUGUGUCCGUUCUGCAACAAUCGCAAUCCGUUCCCGGCUCAUUAUGCAGCGAUUGCUGAGGACAAUCGACCGCCAGAGCUCUAUCCACAAUUCACGACGAUUGAGUACACUUUGAGGAAAGCCACCACCAUGCCGCCAAUCUUCGUUUUCGUAGUCGACACCUGUAUGACUGCAGAAGAGUUGAAAUCAUUGAAGGAGUGUCUUCAGACUGCUCUUUCACUUCUUCCCGCUGACGCUCUUGUCGGAUUGAUCACGUUUGGAAGAAUGGUUCAGUUGCAUGAGCUGAACACUCAGGGCAUUUCUAGAAGCUAUGUUUUCAAGGGAACCAAAGAAGUGACUGCCAAACAAAUCAAGGACGUUCUCGCCUCGGGAAUGGCUCGUCCGACGGCUCCAGGAGCACCAGCAGGAGGAGCUCCGGGAGCACCAAUGGCUGGUGGAGCACCACAUGGAGCAACAGGACCAAUGGGAGCUUCACGAGGACCAAUGGGACCACCAGGAGCACCAGGAGCUCCAGGAGCACCCGGACAAGCAGCGCCAGCUCACCACGCUCCCGCCAACAAAUUCCUCCAACCAAUCAGCGAGUGUGACGAUUCGAUUAACGACCUCAUCGAUCAGAUCACCGUUGAUCGCUGGCCAGUCCCACAAGGACACCGACCACUCAGAGCCACUGGAGCGGCCCUCGCCGUCGCUGUGACACUUUUGGAGUCGUGCUUCCCUAGCACCGGAGGACGGAUCAUGUCGUUUAUCGGAGGAGCUUGCACCCAUGGACCAGGAGCUGUUGUUGGAGAGGAGCUCAAGAAUCCAAUCCGCUCUUGGAACUCGAUCAAGGAGGACAACGCACCGUUUAUGAAGAAGGCCAAUAAGUUCUACGAUGGUCUCGCUGCGAGAGUCGUCAAGAAUGGUCACGCCGUUGAUGUCUAUUCAUGCGCACUGGAUCAGACUGGUCUUCUGGAAAUGAAGAACAUGUUCAACUCAUCCGGUGGACACGUCGUCAUGGGAGACUCGUUCAAUUCGUCGCUCUUCAAACAGACCUAUCAGAGAAGUUUCGAUAAGGACGCCGCUGGAAAUUUGAAAAUGGGAUUCAACGCGACGAUGGAGGUUAAGGUUGGAGCAGGAUUGAAGAUUGAAGGGGUUCUUGGAUGUUGUGCAAGUGGAAAUGUUCGAAAUGCGAAUGUGUCGGAUCAAGAGAUGGGAAUCGGAGGGACGUGUCAGUGGAAGUUCGGAGCUAUCUCGCCAAGGACCACGAUUGGAGUCGUGUUUGAAAUUGCAGCACAGCAUGGAUCUGCGAUUCCACAAGGUGGCCGUGGAAUGGUCCAAUUCGUGACCCAAUACCAACAUGCCGAUGGUCGCAAGCGUAUUCGUGUAACCACCACCUGCCGCACAUGGGCCGAUAUGGGCACCCAGCAACCAAACAUCGCCUAUGGAUUCGACCAGGAAGCCGGCGCUGUCGCCAUCGCUCGUCUAGCCUCUUUCCGCGCGUCCAACGAAAACGACACGCCCGAAGCUCUUCGAUGGCUCGACAGAUCGCUCAUCCGGCUGUGCCAGAAGUUUGGAGAGUAUUCGAAAGAUGACCCGAAUAGCUUCCGUUUAUCCGACAAGUUCUCGCUAUUCCCACAAUUUAUGUUCCACUUGCGACGAUCGCAAUUCCUUCAAGUGUUCAAUAAUUCGCCAGACGAGACUGCCUACUAUAGACACAUUCUAUUCUCGGAGAACGUCCUGGAGAGUACGACGAUGAUUCAGCCAGUGCUUUUCAGUUAUUCGUUCAAUGGUCCACCAGAGCCGGUACUCUUGGAUACGUCCUCAAUCCUCCCCGACCGUAUUCUUCUUAUGGAUGACUACUUCCACGUGCUCAUCUAUCACGGACAAACGAUUGCUCAGUGGAGGAAACAGAACUUCCAUGAGAAUCCACAGUAUGCCAGCUUCAAACAGCUGCUCGAGGCACCUGUCGCCGAUGCCACAUCGAUCCUCCAGGAACGAUUCCCGAUGCCCAGAUACAUUGUGACAGAGCACGAAGGAUCACAAGCGCGCUUCUUGUUGUCCAAAGUCAAUCCUUCGUUGACGCACAAUAAUCCGUAUGCUAAUGAAGCCGGUGCCGCUGUAUUCACUGAUGACGUGUCACUUCAAGUAUUCAUGGAACACUUGAAAAAGCUCGCUUCGAGUUCAACCACCUAA